UUUCUAAUUUGGUUGAAAUGAAAACGUCUAAAGUUUUGGCUUCCCUCUGCUUAGGGAUUAAAAUACUUUGUGUGCUUCGACAGGAAUGGUUGGAUAAAAAUUCAGAUUUACAAAUAAUUAGAAAUGUUCAAGCUGUACUAGAGAAUAAGGAAUUUAGAAAAGCCGAAGACGUGAAUGUGUUGCUUGAACCAUUAAAAUAUUCACAGAACACCAGCCUUGUGCAAACUUCAGGAUUAAAGAUUGGACUGCUGGUUUUAACAAUGCCUGAGAACAAAGAAAGAAGAAGUUAUUUACGAAAUAUACUUCAAGAAUCUGGUUUCUCGGUUCAGAUGUUGUUUGUUGUUGGAAAGAAUGUUUAUACAAGAAGUCUUUCUGAUGAAAUUCAAGAAUACAAGGAUAUAAUGAUGUUGGAUAUCAAAGAAUCGUAUGAAAAUCUGGUGUACAAAACAUUAUCAGGAUUAAAGUUUUUUGAGACUUCAAAUCUUGAUUUUGUAAUAAAAAUGGAUGACGACCUAACCAUCAACUUACAAGAACUAAUAAGAACAGUACAGUCGAUACCCAGGAAUACACAGAAUAUUCACUGCUAUCCUCUACAUAAUAUCAAGCGUAGCAGAUUUACUGAUUACUGUCCUAAAAAGUUUCAUAUCUCAGCAGAGCAGUGGCCCCAGAGUGGAAUGCCAUCCUACUGCCUUGGUUGGGUUUACAUAAUUGAACCUACAAUAGUCACAAGAUUAUUAGAUCAGACCGAACAUGUUCCUUUUAUACACAUAGAUGAUGUUUUUGUGACGGGUUUGCUGCGUAGUUCAGCUGGAAUAAACAUUAAAUCUUUAGAAACUGAUACUUUAAUAUUCCGCCACGAUUCAAUUUUUCUCAGGUGUCAAUUUCUCAGUUGGGUUAAUCAUAUAUUUUUCUGGAGACUGGCGUAUGAGAACAAGGGCUGGCCCUGGGUUCCCUUGAAAGCAUUGGCUUCUCAUGUCUUCCCCCCUUUUGUCUCAAGUUUUAUUCUUUAUUUAACUUUUAAAUACAUGACUGAAUAA